AUGUCGGAGAGCUUGCUGGAGGCGUUCAGGGUAAGGCCAGAACUGAGGAAAGGAAUCAUGAGGGUGGAGCUCCUCUCCAGCAGCAGCGGCGAGGGGCUUGCCUGCUUGACCUACGCGUGGCCGCGCUCGGAGAGCUUCGUGCACGAGGAGCUGGAGCCCUUGUUGCCCCAGCUGGCUGCUCGUGGCGUCGUGGCCAACGCGCGCAAGCAGUGGCUCGUCGCUGGGGAGGACAGGUUAGUACAGGUGAACACGGUAGCCAGUCGCCAGUACCCGCAGAUUCUGAUGCCCAACACCUUCAGCCAGAGCAAUUUGGCUGUGAACGCCGAGAUGCUCAAGUGGGCGGCGGAACAGACCAGCCCUCGCGCUUGCGGCAACGACUUGCUGGAGCUCUGCUGCGGCAACGGAAAUUUCACCUUGCCCGUCAGCGCGAAUUUCGGGCGAGUGCUGGCGACCGAGAUGGACAAGGUCGCCAUCAGGAACGUGGCCGAGUGCAGCGUGUGGUCAGGGGUCACGAACGUGACCUGCGUACGGAUGUCGGCGGCAGAGGUAGCACAGGCCCUGCGGGGCGACAGAACCUUUCGACGACUCCGCGACGCGGGCGUGGACAUAAAGUCCAUGGACUUUGGCACAGUGUUGGUCAACCCCCCGCGCGCUGGGCUGCGACGGGAAGAGCUGGAGGCCAUCUCGGGCAUCGACCGGGUGGUCUACAUCAGCUGCGCCCCCCGGAAGCUGGCCAAGGACCUGCGCCGCUUGCCCGAGCACCGCGUCACCACCGCGGCCCUGUUCGACCAGUUCCCCUUCACGAGCCACGCGGAGGUGGGCGUCGUGCUCGAGCGAGGCUAG